AUGGAGCGAUUUUUAGGCAUUGUUCAUGUUGCUAAUACUACCGCUUUAACUCUUAAAGAUGCAAUCAUGUCUUUACUUGUUGAACAUUCAUUGAGCCCAUCUAUGAUAAGAGGGCAAGGGUAUGAUGGAGCUAGCAACAUGAAGGGUGAAAUAAAUGGCCUUAAGACUUUGAUUAUGAAUGAUACUCCAAGUGCCUACUAUAUACAUUGUUUUGCUCAUCAACUUCAACUAACAUUAGUUGCCGUUGCUAAAAAGAAUGAUAGUUGUGGUUGGCUUUUCGAGAUACUUGGAAAUUUAUUGAAUGUGGUUGGAGUUUCUUGCAAGAGAAGAGAAAUGAUUCGUCAAGAUCAAGCUCAAGAAGUUGCUCGAGCCUUGGAUGUUGGGGAUAUUGUGAGUGGAUCGGGUUUAAAUCAAGAACUUGGUUUGAGUAGGCCCGGGGAUACUCUUUGGAGUUCUCAUUACAAGUCACUUUUAAAUGUCAUCCUCUUAUUUCCUACAAUUGUUAAGGUGCUUGUACAAAUUGGGAAGCAUGGUGCAUCGGAAGAUAAGUUCAAAGCUCAAAUUGUUUUAGGACAAUUAGAGUCAUUUGACUUUAUUUUUGUUGCUCACUUGAUGUUGACUAUUUUUGGAUACACUAAUGAUUUGUGUGUUGCUUUGCAAAGAAAGGAGCAAGAUAUUGUAAAUGUCAUGGAACUUGUUACUUAUACAAAAACGGUGUUGCAAAAAAUGAGGGAGCGAGGAUGGGAUACUCUCUUAAACAAGGUAACUUCAUUUUGCACUAAACAUGGUAUUGUUAUUCCCACUAUGGAUUCUCUUUAUGUUCCUCAUGGAAGAUCAAGACGUUUUGUUGAAGAAGCAACAAAUGAACAUCAUUUUCGGGUUGGAAUUUUCUUGCCUCUUAUUGAUUUGCAUCUUCAAGAACUUGAUGAACGAUUUAAUGAGAGUAAUAUGGAGUUACUAACAUGUAUGGCUUGUUUAAGUCCUAAAGAUAACUUCUCAUUCUAUGAUAAAGAUAAGGUACUUAAACUUGCCUCUUUUUAUCCCGAAGAAUUUUCAAGGUUUGAUUUGAUGGCUCUUGAAUGUCAACUUGAUGUAUGCAUGGAGAAUAUGCUAAAUGAUGAAAGAUUUCAAGGUUUAAAUGACCUUAAUUCUCUUUCUAUGAUGCUUGUUAAAACCAAUAAGCAUAAGUCUUUUCCUCUUAUUCAUUUGCUUAUCAAGUUGAUGUUGAUUCUUCCCAUUGCCACGAAAAGUGUUGAAAGAGUGUUUUCCGCAAUGACAUGUGUUAAAAACAAGUUGCGAAAUAGCAUGGGUGAUCAACUUAUGAAUGAUUGUUUGGUCACUUUUAUUGAGAAGGAUGUCUUCUUACGAGUUUCCGACGAAAAAAUUAUUGAUCGAUUUCAAAGUAUGAAGACUCGAAGAAUGAACUUGUAA